AUGUUUCGCCUGAUAUUAGUACUCUUGAACCUACUGUUACUGGAAUCGCUCAACUUCGUGGACUGUUCGAUCAUGGAGGUUCAAUUCGAUCGAUUUGAGCAGCAGUUAGGAAACCAUUUAGCGAACUACUCCCGACUUCGGGUACGCAAGUUCAAUCGAACCACGUGGAUACUGGAUGGAGACGGUGAAACAUUUGUAGAUUUUACCGACGACUACCAAGUAUCGCUAACAGUGGCCCACAGCCCCCUGGGCAAUAACCAGUGGAACGAGUAUCCCAUGAAGAUCUCCAAGAGCAGGAUGUGCAGUUUUCUUAACGGAGCGUACAAGGAAUACCAGCCGUACUUUAUUGAAUACACCAAUUUCCCACGCGUCGGGGUGGAAUGGGUAUGUCCCUUUCCAAAGGGGUCUUAUUGGGUGCGAAACUUUGCUCCCAAUGGAGACUGGCUACCGAGUGUUUUUCCAGCUGGAUAUUGGAGGUUUACGGGUUCGAUAUUUGAUGCCAGUGAUGAAAUUGCGCUUAAAUUUAUUGUGUUUUUGAGGGUGAAGAAAGGAUACUUGUGA